GCCCUUGAAGAAACUACAGACAAACAGCAAAAGAUGUCAAGGGAGGAACCCGGAGCUUGGAAUUGGGACAGGAAAGCUUGAACGUUGCAGAACUAAACGUGCACUUGACAAGAGAACGCACCUCUCCUUUUCUCAUUUCGGGAAAAUCCCGCAACGAUAUCUUCACAGAUAUUAAGUACCAGCUCUGCAGUUUGCCAUCUGGCAGAGUGAAGACAUGGGCGGCACAAAAGACUCAAUGCCUUUAACGGUGGUCGCAUAUGUAUCGGCUGUACUGAUCGGUUGCGCAUGGAGCUGGGAAGGGGCAUGCCUGCAAGACGGUUGGCACAAACCCAAGCCCGGUCCGGAGCCAAAUCUGAGAGACUGCGCGCUGUACCGAGAGAAUUCCUGCUGUUCUCAGGAGCACAUUGAAGAUAUUUCAGGCUACCCAGCUGCCAUGAUGGGCAAUGAGUCUUGGGAUUGGUGUGGAUCUCUUAGCCCGAGUUGUGCAAACUUCCUGAAGAGUGUGGCUUGUUUCCUCCGAUGCUCCCCAGACGCCAUGCUGUGGGCCCUCGUCCACCCCCCAGACACCAUUCAGGCCACACCCCUCUGCCGCAGCUUCUGUACAAACUGGUUUGAGGCUUGCAAGAAUGACAUGACAUGCGCAAGGAACUGGACAACCGACUGGGCGGGAGUCAACUGUACAGGGCCCUGUGUGCCUUUCCAUCAGAUGUACAAGGACGAGAGUGACCUGUGCAACCACAUGAUGGGGGAUGCUUUCAUGACAGUGGAGGACCAGGAGGAUGUGGGAGAUGGAGGACCUUGCUGCCUGACCCUGAGCGUCUCUGACAGGGCAGUUAUCAAUUCUAUGCAGGGAGGCAAGGGGGGCGCCAGCGUGCCGAAGACCACCCAGAAAGGCCCCCGUCCCGUCAGGUCCUGCCACCGCCUGCUGCCCCCAAUGCCCCCACAGGCUCGGAAGGGAGGUAAAAAUGCAGCUGUGAGCAAACGCUCUGUCGCCAAGGAUGACGCAGAAGGCAGCGGCAGUGGGUUCUAGAAUACUGAGGGACACUCCCUGAAAAGAAGUCAAAUUUUGCAAACCCCCCUCCCCCUGCCAAAUAAUUUCAAUAAAUACAGGGACCAUUAUUUAUAGCUACUUUCAAGACCCCCAUCCAACCCCCGUAUCCCAGCAUUAAAACAAAAUGGUGAUUGGAUGACGGGUACAGCUGGGUGGAGAGACACAUUAGCCAUCCAUCUGAAUGUUAAUUCCAUCCACGGAUUUGCACUAUAUUCUUAAAAUCAUAUUUUGCAUAAACUUAAACUGACAUAUUAAACAAUAUAUUGCCCACCAUUACAUGGAUGCUAUAAACAUGGUAUUACAUGUCACAUACACCAAGCAUGAAAAAGAUACCAUAUAUAUUACAUCACACAUGCACAACAUAUAUCAUAUAUGCAAUAUUACACAUCACAUACAAUGAACCAGACAUACCAUAUAACAUAAAAUACAUCACCAAAACAUAUACCACAUAUAUGAAUUGCAUAAAUAAUUCAUAUACCAUAUUAACCACAAAUAUGGUACACUGCGUAUACCCUUCUUAACUAAUAUAUUGUACCAUCUGUUGCAAGCCCUAACCCAACAUAACAUAUCAUACGAAUAUAGUUAUAGGCAUGAAAUUUUUUUUUCUUGCUUCAGAAGGAAUUAUGGUUUUGCUGACAGAAUGGGGCAAUGUUAGAGACGAAGUGAGUUAGUAGACUUCUGUUAGUGCACAGAGCUCCUAUAAAAACAGGGUUUCAGGAUUUAGCCCAAGGGUGCACACCUCCAGGCCUGGGUCUGUUGUGUAUGCUUGUUUUUUUUUCCCAACCAAUUACUCUGGUAUAGUUUUCUAAAUAGAAGUAUAUGCCAAUGCUGGUUCCUUCACAUGUGUCCACAGUCAUCUCAGAUACAUGGGCAGUCAGCAACUGUAGUUCAUGACAUCAAAAAUGUAUAUGUAGCAUAAGAUUUGAAAAUGUAGAGGUGAGUGGGGUCAGCUGUAAAAAUCACCUUUCAGAUAAUUUCUGUACCUCUGCAAAGUAAGUGCAGGUCUUUUAGAAUCUAGGAACAAAAGUCUGACAGUGAAAGAAGAACGGCAACGAAACCUUUACAAUGAAUGAAUAAAAUGAUCUUCAUAGCAGGCAGGAAGCCAUGGUGUUUGUUUCUGACAAGCUUUCACAUGAUUAUGAAUAUUGCUAUUAUUGCUAUUACAUUACAUUACAUUACAGGCAUUUAGCAGACGCUCUUAUCCAGAGCGACGUACAACAAGUGCAUUAGUUCAGAGGUGAUAUUAAUGAUAUUGCUAUACAGAAGACACAAAUAUGGGCAUUUUGGGUUAGCCAGAAAGUUGGAGCUAGAGCAAGGGUGUCCUGUCUUAUCUGAAAAGGGCCAGUGUGGGUACAGGCUUUUGUUUUAGCCCAGCAAGAAGACACCUGAUUCUACUUAUCAAGGUCAUGAUUGAAGACCAUGAUUAGUUAAUUAGUUCAAUCAGGUCUUGCAGCUAAAAUAAAAACCAGCAACCACACCGGCCCUUUUUAAAUAAGAUUUGACACCCCGGAGCUAGAGUCAGAUCAGAGAAGAGAUGUAUAACUCCCGCACCCCGAAAGCAUGCAUUUCUAUAUUGUUCAGAAAGGAGAUACACUUUGUGAGAUUAAUUUCCUGUAAUCUGGUUUGUCCUGGACUGUUUUAUCCAGCAUUUCAUCAUCGGUCAGUGAGUGGGCUCAGAUUGACACAUCCAAAUGGAACCUCACCUACAGGAGACUGUGAUUCAAAAGGUGAAAUAACUGACUGGUUUGGUUUGGAGACCACAUCCAUUGAGCCUAAACAGAUUUAUCCCACACCAAUGUGUCAACCUAGUCAGACUCAGACUAUCAUGAGUUUUAUGAGUCUGAUGAGUGAGUCUGUGCUCCAGAAAAUUUAGCUGGUUAAAAUACAGUAAAGAAAAAAUAAUCAUGGAUGGACCUGAGUGUUGAUGCUCCUUUGUCUCAGUGUAGGAUCUGUAUGAAUUUUAAAUGUUCUUGUUUUGCUGAAGUGCUCAAUAAAGAAUAGAUGUGUGCAAA